CGCGUAAACAAGGAUUUUAUAGCGAUAUGAGUCCCUCCCAUUUUCUCGCACAUGAACUUUAACUACCUUCGUUAUUCUAGAGCGACCAUGCUCAAAUCUACCUUCAAUCCCCUCUACCGGGAGCUUUUCCCCAGUUCCAAAUCUCUUAAAAUGUCACCGCACGUAAUCACGAACGCAUUUGCCACCAGCGCACCACGUGUUCGACAAAAUGUCCCUAGGAAACACACAAUCGAAAUUGCUCCUCACCUAGCUCCUCCUACUUCUGCUUAUAUUCAUCUCCCCUUCUGCCGCAAGCGUUGCCAUUAUUGUGAUUUCCCAAUCGUGGCUCUUGGCUCUGCUUCAACCCAAAUUGAUGAUGACCCUCGAGUGAUUAACUACAUACAACUUCUCUGCAGAGAAAUCAAUGCAAUGAAGGUGAACAUCAAUGCUAAAACGCCUCUUGAGACUGUGUUUUUUGGGGGAGGGACACCAUCUCUCGUGCCGGCACGGUUGGUUUCAUUGGUUUUGGAGGCGUUGAGUGGGAAAUUUGGUGUGUGUGAGGAUGCUGAGAUUUCAAUGGAAAUGGAUCCUGGGACAUUUGAUGCUAGGAAGAUGGAAGCGAUGAUAGCGUUAGGAGUGAAUAGAGUAUCUUUGGGAGUUCAGGCAUUUCAGGAGAAGCUGUUGAGAGCUUGUGGGAGGGCACAUGGCCUGGAAGAGGUUAAUGAAUCUAUUGGUAUUGUCAAGUCAUGUGGGGUUGAGAAUUGGAGUAUUGAUCUCAUAUCUUCACUGCCUCAUCAGACAACUGAUAUGUGGGAGGAAACUCUGAGGCUUGCCAUUGAGGCACAGCCCACUCAUGUUUCUGUGUAUGAUUUGCAAAUUGAACAGGGCACAAAAUUCGGAACACUGUAUACUCCAGGAGAAUUCCCCCUUCCUUCUGAGACACAAUCAGCAGAUUUCUAUAAAAUGGCUUCAAGAAUGCUUUCUGAUGCGAAUUACAACCACUAUGAAAUCAGCAGUUAUUGCAAGAGUGGAUAUGAAUGCAAACACAAUUAUACCUAUUGGAAGAACAAACCUUUCUAUGGAUUCGGCCUCGGCUCUGCGAGUUUCGUGGGUGGAUUAAGGUUUUCAAGACCCAAGAAAGUAAAUGAGUAUAUGACAUUCGUGCAGGAUUUGGAAAAUGGACUGUUAAAUUGCUCUUUCAAUGAUCAGAUUAAUGUCAAGGACACAGCCAUGGAUGUUGUGAUGCUGUCCCUGAGAACCUCAUCAGGUUUAGACUUGAAGAGUUUUGAAGAAUCAUUUGGUAGCUUCAUUGUUUCGUCUCUUUUGGAGACUUAUAAACCUUAUGUUGAAAGUGGACAUGUGGUUUGCUUGGAUGUGAAAAGACGAGCCAUUGGAGAAGAAGAACUCAGCACUUGUUUGUUGGCUGAGAACAAGAAGAAAGAAAGAAAAGUGGCUUAUAUACGGUUGAGUGACCCAGAAGGUUUUCUCUUAUCAAAUGAACUAAUAUCUCUUGCUUUUGAGGUCAUGGAUUCUUAUGACUUUUGUUCUGCGCACCAAGAGGCUGCUUGAGUGAGUUACCUUUUAUCUGCUAAAUAAUUUACAUUGUGUGUAUAUUAAUAGUUUUCUGCCAAGUAUUUUAUGAUAUUUUUCAAUUUUGCCAUUGAUGCCGAGCAUUCACUUGUGAUAUAUGUAAGAGUGAUCAUCAUUUCCUUCUUUCAAUUCAAAUGAGAUCUUUUCUUCAUAUAAA